AUAAAAACCAUUGCCAUGAAUUUAUUAUCACGCUUAAAACGUUUGGGUAGCGGUACCAGCAAAAACUCUGUUACCCUUCCAGCUACUGGAGUGUCUGAUAGCAAACUCACCGCAGCUGCUGAAGCCCCACCCGAUUCCACAGAAGUGUACAAAACUAUAACCGAAGACAAGUUCCUGGGAGCCAGUGCGAAGCCCGAAAAAGUCGACAUGGUGCAGGAUGAAAAGGUGGCCCACGGGGAUGGCGCCGACGAGCAAAUGCUGGGCCUAAAUGGAGUGGAGGACAAGCUGGCCGAGCGCCGGGAUGAGGUGAAGUUCGUCAAGGGCGAUCACCAGAACGGAGAUGCCAAGAUCGACAUCGGAACCGUCAACGGAGGCAAGCCCGCCUUCACUGGCAUGAGCAAGGAGGAGCUCAUGAAGUAUGCCAACGACACGUUCUGGGUCCGAUUGCGCUGGAUCUUCUUCGUGGGAUUCUGGGCCAUUUGGGUGGGAAUGCUUGUGGGUGCCAUCCUGAUUAUCAUUGGUGCUCCCAAGUGCGCUGCCCCGCAGCCACUACCCUGGUACAAGCGAGGACCACAUGCCAAGUUCGGCAGUGUUGAUACCUGCAGUAGGGAGGAUAUCCAGGUUGCCAAGAAGAUCGUUAGCGCAGGAGCCAUCUAUGAGUUGCCUGCUGCCCUGACCUAUGACGUGAAGAAGCCCGAGGUGGAGGAGCAGAUCAAGCACCUGGUGGCCCUGUACCAGGGCAGCGAUACCAGGAUUAUUCUCGACCUGACGCCCAACUACGUGGCCAAGGAAUCGCAGCUGGUGCAGGAUGCCAUUGCAAACCCGGAGAAGCGAUCCGCCUUUGUUUGGGUGAGCGGAGGUUCCAGCCCACCCAACAACUGGCUCAAGGUGGGCGGCAACCGCAGCGCCUGGGAGAAGCUGGAAGACAGCUAUGUGCUCUCCCAGUUCCAAGACGGCUAUUUCGACCUCAAGAUGAACAGUACUUUUAUUAGGAACGAAUUCGGCGGCGUCUUGAAGCAUCUGGUUGGUUUGGGGGUUCACGGCUUCCGCCUGAAGAACACCAAGUUCUUUGUACUGUCCGACGGUCUCGAGAAUGAGGUGACCUCAGCCGUGCCGAAGGACCGCAACUGGGGACCCGGUGACUACGGCUUCUAUGACCACAAGCAGACUACUUUCCAAACCGGCCUUGGAGAUGUGCUUUAUGAUUAUCUUAGCAUCGUAAAGAAUGCCUCUGAAGAGGGCUUCUUGUCGGUUGCCGAGGAUGUCAUACAGCCGCAGGCCUACAAGUUGAGCACGGUUGCCGAUGCCUAUGGUAUCGAUAUACCCAUCUACGGAGACCUUAUUAAGGUGCUCAGCGAAUCGAAGCCAAAGAAAUCGCUGCAGAAAGAUCUGGAGAACACAUUCGCUCUUUCGGGCAAAAACAGCUGGCUGCAAUGGAACUUUGCGGACGUCAGCCUGGACACCCCGCAGGAUCCAUCCGCUCUGGCUAUGUUCGUAUCCCUGCUGCCCGGUGUGCCCGUGGUUCCUGUGGCCGCUGUGGCUUACCAGAAUAUCACCGAGGAGACCUACAGGCAGAUCACGGUUCUGCGCAAGUCUGCAUCCUACAUGCACGGGGAACUCUCAUACUACCAGGCCGAUCCGCUGGUUGCCUUCUCCAGGCAGAGGAUCAAGUCUGGAAACCCCGGCUACUUUGUCAUUUUCAAUCCCACCGACUUGCCUCAGGCGAGCAACUUCACUAUCCCCAAGAAUCUGCCUGACAAGAUGACAGUUUCCUAUUUCAGCGAGAAGUACAAUAACAACGUGGAAAAUGCCAACAAGGUGUCCCACUCGGGUCGCGUGAAUCUCAAGGACCUCAAGGUGGCCCCGCACUCCAGCAUUAUCCUGACAUACGUGCCGGAGAAGGCGGAGUAAGGUGGUUGUACCUGCAACAAAUCAGCAACGUAUAAAAUAUUGCAAAAAAUAUACAGAGAAUGUAUAACAGAAGUAGCUAGCUAACCGUUGAGAUUUAAAGCCGCCAAACAAAAUUAAAAAGUUAUUUGUUAAGAACUUUUCUAAGUUCCAAGCUUCUUCAUGCGAUUGCUAAAAAAUAAACACAAUAUUCGCUUGCAUUUAAA